AUGUAUUGGAAUCGGUCUGAAUCUGAUGUGCUAGCUACUGCCACCGAUCUGACGACUUCUUUCGAUAACAUUGGCGACGAUUUCAACCGUGAAGUCAAUGCGUUAUUCGACUUCAUCAAAGUCGACAUGAAGAAGUUCAAGAAGUCCUCUGAGGGAUUUAAACGGGCAUUGGAAACUUCAAAGAUGAUUGAGGCCACCGACAUUACACUUGAAUAUGAGCUCCGAGUUCUUGGAAAAAUGGACGAGAUACGAGAACUCGUGCUGGUCGUCAGCAGUCAGUUCGAUGACGUAUACUUCAAGAUGCCACUCAAUGUUAAGUUGCUAAUGGUGCUGCGGGCCGAGACUUGCUUCAGUACAGGCGGCCAACUUUGCAUCAAUGGAAGUUCGACAUUCAGAGACACUAAGCUUGACGACUGGCAAUCUAUAUCACACAAGGGUAGGUUGUUCUUUGGCCCUGAUGUUGGAAUCCCUAUCGAUCCAAGAGGUGAACGUUGGAAAAAGGCUAAAAGGACCUUCGAACGGGACUUCACCGCUUACGAAAAGGAAAAGCUGCGAAGACAGUUCGAGAAGAUGAGAAGUCAGCCUAUGGAGGGUAACGGAUGGCUGAAAGAGUGGAAAGGCAUAAUUGCUUCCGUUAUGGGCGUACUUGCCGGUGGCUUGAAGCUGGUGGCCGCCAUCACGGCUUCAACAGGUGGUGUCUUCGUCCAUUACCAAUAUGGUAUCAAGAGUCUCAAAGUUGGUGCUGCCUUUGCUGAAGGAUCUAUGAUUGCAACAGCUGCCGGCCCAGCGAUCUUAAUUGAGGCUGGGCACACUCUGGCCGUGGGUAAAGGACUGGCUUGCAAACUCUAA